AUGCAUCUUUUCACGGCUUUAUUAUUAAUUGUCUAUACUGUCGUCGUAGUCCAGACAUGCACUCCAUCUCUUCUAGGAGGACCGACAAAUUCAGUAGAACCAGGACCGCCAGGAGAAGAUGGAAUUGAUGGAAAUGAAGGAGAACCAGGACCAGAAGGAUUAAGUGGACCUCGAGGAAUACCGGGGCCUAUUGGAGAGCCAGGAGAGCCAGGACCAAGCGGCGAACAAGGUCCAAGGGGACCACCAGGACCACAAGGUCCCGUUGGAGAGCCAGGGCCACCAGGACCAAAAGGUGAAAAAUAG